UAAUAGAAAUUAAUAGUAGUAGAAAUUCUAAUUUCAUUUUGCAAGUCGUCUUUCCAAAUCAUCACCUCAACCUACAUCAGAAAUGGAGAAGGUGGUAUGCGUUGAAGAACAACUAUACAAAGAAAUGGAAAAACUUCAAGCAACUGAUGCAAAAGUCUGGACAGAAGAGGAAUUGCCUGCUGGUCUAAUUCGUGAACGUAUACCAAAACACGUAGCGGUAAUGCUGGACGGCAACAGAAGGUGGGCAAAACAGAAAGGUUUGGAACCUAUGUUAGGUCAUCACGGGUCAUCUCAUAGUCUGAAACUAGUUGCUGAAUUAUGUUGCAAAUGGGGAAUUAAGGUCUUAACAGUAUUUGCAUUCUCAACUGGGAAUUGGGUUCGACCUAAAGUUGAGGUUGACUUCUUAAUGAAAGCCUUUGAAAUAAGUUGUGAGAGGGACCUGGAGGUUUAUAUCAGGAACAAGGUACGAGUAUCUUUCAUAGGGGAUCGACUGAAGCUACCAAUUGCACUACAAAAAGUGUUUGAAGAGACAACAGAAGCCACGAAGAAUUACACGAGACUUCAUGUGAUUGUGGGAGUUAACUAUGGCGGGAGAGAAGACAUCAUACAAGCAUGUCAAAGUAUGUGUCUCAAAGCAAAAGAUAAUCUCAUCCAACCAGAAGACGUCGAUGAAAAUUUACUUAAUCAAGAACUUGAAACAAAAUGUACCGAAUUCCCUUACCCCGAUUUACUUAUCAGAACUAGUGGGGAACGUAGGAUCAGUAACUUCUUAAUGUGGCAAUUAGCUUAUACUGAACUUUACUUUGAAGAAUGUCUUUGGCCUGAUUUCGGCGAGAAAGAAUUUGUUAAGGCAUUAAAAUCAUUUCAAGAAAGACGGAGACGGUACGGAGGAGAUGAUGAAGAUAAUUUGGGUGAGGAGGUUUAUACUCAAUCUCAGCCAAUUAUCGAGGAAUAUGGUAAGCAUUUCAUUCAUUCAAGCAAGUAAUCAAAUCUUCCAUGUUGGCAAGUUCAAGUAUAUAUAUGUAAUUGUGUUAUUUCUCUUUCAAGCUUUUGGUUGUACGUCCCCAUUCUAUUUUUAUUUUUAUUUUUAAAUAUCGGUUUUUUAAUAAAG